AUGGCACGAAAAACCCGCACUCAAUCUCAAUCCCUUCUUGCAGCAGCUUUAACCGCGAUUUCAGGAUCUACCGUCAUUACACAUGACGAAUAUAAAGGCCAAAAGGACAAUUCUGAUACGAGCUUUUACGAAGUUGACAUUUAUCAAUCUCAUAUGCAGAUUGGUCCAAUCCCGACAUCUAGCAUUACAAAAAUUCCUAAAAGUAAUUCUUUGAAAACAUCUAAUAAUGAUGUUAAAGAAAUUUUUGUUAAAACACCUUCUUCUAAAAAGAAACUUAGUAUUCAUACGUUACUUUCUUGCACCGUUAAAAGUUUUAAACAAUUAAUUUAUUCACGUGAAGGUAUUCUUCCAUCCGUACAAGAACUUAUAUUCGAUAAACAAAUAUUAAAGGAUGAGCUCACAUUAUCACAGUAUAAUAUAGAAGCUCAUUCGGUUAUUCAAUUAAACAUUUUAUUACGAGAAGGAAGUAAAUCCAUAGGAUAUAUUAAUUCCGAACAUUUAGAUCCAGGAUACGAUUAUGAUUUUACAAAUAUU